UAAGUUUGUUCUAUUUAUCUUUCUCCACCUUGAAAAUCACGUAACCAAUUUGUCAAAACAAAUCAAGUUAGUUGCUCACCAAUACCAGACCCCAAAAACCAGAAGCAAAGCAUCUAUAAAAGAUUAGCUGCAACUGAUAUUUUCAUAGUAUUAUGGAAAACAAGAAGAUGGUAUUAGCAAAAGAAAUGGAUCCAAAAAUAUGGAGUAAAUUACCAGAAGAUGUAUUGGAAUAUUUACUUUCAUUUCUACCAUUGAAGACUUUCUUGAAACUCAGAUCAACUUGUAAGCAUUUCAAGACUCUUUUAUUUUCUCCUCCUUUUGUCUCUAAACACUCCCCUUCUUCUUCUAAUUCACCAAAUUCUUCACCUUUUUCUUCAUUUUUCUUACUUUCACACCCACAAUUUCCUAGACAGUACCCUUUAUUUGACACUGUUCACAACAAUUGGCGUAACUUAUCUCUUUGUAUUUCACCUGUUUUACCAUCUUCUUCAUCUCUUCUUUUAUCUUCUUCUAAUGGCUUGCUUUGUUUCACUCGCCCGAGUUCUAAUUCUUUCAUUAUAACAAAUGUUUUAGCAAGAACUUCGAGGGUUGUUAAGUUCCCAACUUUGCCUUUUGCUUUUGAAUCUCUCACUUUAAUUUCUUUACCUAAUAAUGGGUAUAAGUUGUUUGUGAUGUCUACUAUUGGAUCUUCAAACAACCAUGUUUUUGUCUAUGAUUCUUUGGUUCAUUCUUGGAUCCAAUUUGGAGGCUUUGAUCUAAUUUUAAAUGAAAAUCAUAAUCAAGAAGGUGUUUUUCAUAAUGGGUAUUUGUAUUUUAUUACCCCAGAGCCUUACUUUAUAGUAUAUAUGGAUCUUAAUAAUGGGAAGUGGCAAAGAUCCAAUUUUGAGCUGCCUAUAGAGCUUACUUUUGCUAGAUUGGUAAGUGAUGGAGAUAAGAAAUUGUACUUGAUUAGUGGAAAUGGGAUUAAUGGGAUUUCAAGAAGUAUGAAAUUAUGGGAAUUGGAUGAGAAAUUCAAGAUUUGGGUGGAAGUUGAGAAUGUGCCAGAAUUUAUUUGUAGGAAGUUUUUAUCAGUUUGUUACCACAACUAUGAACAUGUUUAUUGCUUUUGGCAUCAAGGGUUGAUUUGUGUUUGUUGCUAUUCUUGGCCUGAGAUUUUAUAUUACAAGGUUAAUAGAAGGACUUGGCAUUGGCUUCCAAAAUGCCCUUCAUUGCCUGAUAAAUGGAGUUGUGGAUUCAAAUGGUUUUCCUUUGUUCCUGAGCUAUAUGCUUUUGUCUAAUAGCAAAAUCCAUUUGUUAGAAAGACGAAAUUGCGUACUUCUGAGGAGGUCUGACUGACGACAACAACAACAUACCCAGUGUAAUUUCACAAGUGGGGUCUGGGGAGGGUAGUGUGUACACAGACCUUACUCUACCUUCAAGUUAGCAGAGAGGUUGUUUCCGAAAGACCCUCGGCUUAAGAAAGAAAGAGGUCUGACGGACAGAGCUUGCUUUUUGUUCCUCGACUCUUUUUAUGUUGUGUUCUUAUGUUUUUUGUUUUGGUGUAUGUAGGACUAUAGGAGUAGUAUUGUGUUUGAUUUUCUGCCUUUAGAAAUUAUCUAUUAGCAUAUAAAAACCUUGUGGAAGCAUUUUUUGUUUGAAAGAAUUUGAGGGGUGUUUUUGAAUUUUGGUGCAAUUAGAAAAGGAACUAAAAGGCAAUUGAGUUUCUUGUCUUGGUUUGGA